CUCAGUCUGUCUCUCAGUCUGUCCCUCAGUCUGUCUCUCCGUCUGUCUCUCCGUCUCUGUCUGUCUCUCUCAGAAUGGACCAGGUUCAUUAUGGAUUAUUGAUUCUUGUGUUUCUGCUGCAGAUGGACUGUUUACCCUCCGUUUACAUCACUGACAACUCAGAUUCUCUCCAUCAGGUUCUGUCAGAGUUCGCUGUCGUUCGUCCAAUCAGACCCCCCCCACCGGGGGCGGCGUUCCCGCCCUUCCCGCCCGCGAGAAAAAAAAAGCCCCCCCCCCCCCCGGCGCCCCCGGAGGGCCCCCCCCCGGAGGCCCCGCCACUGUCGGUCCUCCCUCCUUUUUUUUGAGUGGGGGCCUGCGUGUUCUACAAUCGACGGUGCUUACGGCGGCUGCAGCUGAUUCUGCGUCCCAACGCGCGCCUCGUGGCCCCCGCUGCCUCCGUGGAGUGGUGGGAGGAGUCAGGGCGCAAACGCUCGCAGCCAAUCACAGACACCGGCUGCUUCUACAGCGGAGAGGUGGCCGACAUGGAGGACACGGCUGUCGCCGUUAGCAACUGUGAUGGGCUGGCCGGGAUGAUCCGGACGGGUCAGGAGGAGUUCUUCAUCGAGCCGUUGGAUCGCCGGAGGACAGGAAGAGAAGAAGAAGAGGAAGAAGAGGAAGAAGAAGAAGAAGGAGGAAGACAGCACAUCGUUUAUCGCUCCUCAGCCAUCAUUAACAAACACUCGGCCAAUCAAACAGCAGCUGACUUCCUGCUAGGUCCUCUGUUAGGGUCUCUGAACUUGACCCAGAAGGUGUCGGGGUCCAGAUCCAGACCAGCUCGGCGCCGGCGCUAUGCUGAAGAGGCUGAACUGUUAAACAUCGAGGUCCUGUUAGCCGUGGACUACUCUGUUCUUCUCUUCCACGGACGAGACCACAUUCAGAAAUACCUUCUGACAUUCAUGAACAUAGUUAACGAGAUCUAUCAGCAUCAUUCUCUGGGAGCCAACAUCAACGUUGUUCUCGUCAAAAUCAUCAUGUUGUCUCCAUCCAAGUCCCAGGAGCUGAUCUCUGUGGGGAACGCCCAGAAGAGUUUGGAGAACGUCUGUGGAUGGUCGUACCUGCAGCAGAGAGACCAGAGCCACGCCCAGCAGCACGACCACGCCAUCUACCUCACCAGGCAGGAGUUCGGGCCCUCGGGCAUGCAGGGUUAUGCUCCAGUUACAGGAAUGUGUCACUUGCAUCGGAGCUGCGUCCUGGUCUUUGAAGACGGGUUUUCCUCGGCCUUCGUAGCGGCUCAUGAAACAGGACACGUCUGGACCGAGCUGCACAAGUACCUGCAUAAAUACGACUGUCUCCGUGACGACCCGUUCCAACACGAUUGGCCGGCUCAGCCUCCGUUGCCGGGGUUUCACUACUCCAUGGACCAACAGUGUCGCUUCGACUUCGGACCAGGAUACAGCCUCUGUACUGCAUACGCGAGCAUCGAGCCCUGCAGGCAGCUGUGGUGCAGCGAGUACAGCAACCCGUUCUACUGUAAGACCAAGAAAGGCCCGCCGCUGGACGGGACCAAGUGUGGACCGGGGAAGCACUGCUUUAAAGGUCUCUGCAUGAAGCUGACCCCCAACCUGCUGAGACAGGACGGCGGCUGGGGGGCGUGGAGCGCGUGGGGCGCCUGCUCCCGGACCUGCGGGGGCGGAGUCCAGUUCCGGUCCCGGCGCUGCGACAGCCCAGCUCCAGCCAACGGGGGGCGCACCUGCUUCGGAAACAGCUACGAGUUCACGCUGUGCAGCCGGGACGAGUGUCCCCCGCUCACUGACUUCAGAGAGGAUCAGUGUAAAGUCUGGAAUCCAUUUUUCGAACAUGAAGGAAAAAAACAUCACUGGCUGCCGUACCAACACCCUGACCUCUCCCCCCAGUCCAAGGAGACAGGCGCCGUGGUGUCCAUGGACAGAAUGGUGCAUGAUGGGACACCGUGUUCCUACGGAGACGCCCACAGCGUCUGUGUGCGGGGAGACUGUGAGCAUGUAGGCUGUGACGGCCAGAUAGCGUCCGACCAGCAGGAGGACAGAUGUGGAGUGUGUGGAGGAGAUAACUCCAACUGUAAGAUCGUUAAAGGAAACUUCACCCGCAGCACCAAGAAACAAGGUUACCUAAAGAUCCUGGAGAUCCCCAAAGGAGCGCGACACCUUCUGGUCCAGGAGUUCAGAGAGACACCUCACAUCCUGGCGAUGACCAACCUGGAGACGGGUCACGUCUUCCUCAACGAUGAACACGAGCUCCCAGAAUCCCGUGUGGUGAUCGAGAAAGGCGUGGCGUGGGAGUACAGCAACAGCGAGGAGGCGGAGUCUAUCCAGACCACCGGGCCGCUGCAGUACGGAGUCCUGCUCAUGGUCCGUUCCCAUGGCGACUCCAAGGUGACGGUGUCCUAUAAGUACGUGAUCCAGGACGGUCUGCGGUCGUCACUGGAGUCCAACCUGCUGCAGGAGGACGCCGUCUUCUACGAGUGGGCGCUAAAGAAGUGGUCGGUCUGCUCCAAGCCCUGCGGAGGAGGGAAACAGUACACGAGGUUCGGCUGCAGGAGGAAGGCCGACGGGAAGAUGGUCCCGAGGACGUUCUGCUCCAACAUCAACAAGCCCAGAGCCAUCAGCCGCAGCUGCAACACGGACGCCUGCAGCUCACCACGCUGGGUGAGCGGGCCGUGGGAGGACUGCAGCGCCUCCUGUGGUCAGACGGGGUGGCAGCGCCGCUGGGUCAGCUGCCAGCAGGCGUCUGCCGACGGACAGUCCAGCACGGGACAGUCCAGCACGGGACAGUCCAGCACGGACCAGCAGGCAUCCAGCGCGGACCAGCAGGCUUCCAGCGCGGGACAGGGACAGCAGGCAUCCGGCGCGGGACAGCAGACACGCUCAGUGAACAGCAAACUGUGUGGAGGAGAGCGACCGGAAGGGAAACGAACCUGCAACCGUUUCCUCUGCCCCGCUGCCUGGCGGGCCGGACCCUGGACACCGUGUUCGGUGUCCUGUGGGAACGGGACCCAGGAGCGCCAGGUUGCGUGUUUGAGUCCCGACGGUUCAGCACGAAACUGCAGCGACCCUCGACCAAUCACAACCCGCGCCUGCCAGCCCCCUCCCUGCAGCGGUGACCAGAGGAACUCCAUCAUCCAGUGGUUGUCUCGUUCUAACUCUGACUUCACUCCCAACAUCUCCUCCAGGCAGCGUUGCCGCGGUGACCGCUCUGUGUUUUGCCGGAUGGAGGUGUUGACUCGGUACUGCUCCAUCGCCGGAUACCGUCAGAUGUGCUGCAAGUCCUGCAGCCAUGGCAACUUCAGCAGCAGCAUCCCGCCCAGCGCCAACAGCAGUUCCUGGAGUGUAACCAUGGAGACGAUGACUUCAGCAUCCGCCAUCAUCGUCAGCACCCCACCCCCCAGCGUCACCAUGACUCCGCCCCCCAGCAUCACUGUAGCUCCGCCUCCCAGCGUCACCAUGACUCCGCCCCCCAGCGUCACCGUGACUCCGCCCCCCAGUGUCACCGUGACUCCGCCCCCAACCAGCCAGAGCAGCACCGACUUUGUGUACGUGGAGUACGAGGAUUAUGGCGACAUUUCAUCCUACAAGGAUCCUUCUGUCCCCUCUGACACUCCUCAUAUUGGCACUACUAGUACUACAAGUCAUCUGAGAGAAACUGCUUCGAAAACUCCCCUUCCCACAAUGCAUCCUGCUACAGUUCCCGUGGUAACUGCUGAGGAUCAGAGUCCCUGGACGUCUGCCGUCCCAGAGUUCCCCACAACGACCACUUCUACAACUACAAGACGUACAAGAAAAACUGCUCCGCCACAUUUAUUCAAGAAGAAAACUCCCACAAUGCCGCGUGGGAAAACUACCGAUCCCACAAUGCAUCCUGCUACAGUUCCCGUAGUAACCGCUGUAACAUCUGCCAUCCGAGAGUUCCCCACGACGACCGCUUCCACAACUACAAAACGUACGAGAAAAACUGCUCCGCCACAUUUAUUCAAGAGGAAAACUACAGCUCCCACAAUGCACCCUGCUACAGUUCCAGUGGUAACUGCUGUGGCAGCAAUCUUUAACGCCACUUCUUCCCCGAACACGCCACUAGAGGGGCGGGGCCUGUCAGGGGGGCGGAGCCUGGAGCCGGCGCUGUCUAAGCGGGAGAACAACUCCGUUGACGAGGUCCCGUAUCGGAUCGUGGGAUUGGACGGCGGCGACGGGCGGGGACAGCAGAACUACUUUGUGCCGCGGCGCACCCCUCCGCUCCGCGAGCGAACGCAAAACAAACGCAUCCAGCAGCUUCUGAACGAGAAGCGGCACCGAGAGGGCAGGACGCACGCCGCACGCACAUGAACAUACACAGGGCGCUCGCUCGUUAGGACGCAUGUGCAGCUUGCUCGCUUCCUGCUAACGAGCUCUUAACGAGGAGCAGACUGCCAACGUUAACGAGCUCUUAACGAGGAGCAGACUGCAGAGCCGACAACACAAACCACCCCAAUAGACCUUUUUCACGGUAGACAUGUUGACAUGUCAUAGUAGGAACAGCACAGGUGUAUUAAACCAUUACUGAUGGCUGCAUUCCACUUAGGAGAGGCC